CACCUUCCCCCACCAUUACUCCUUUUCUUCCUUUUCUCUUCUUUAUCUUCACCAGCACCCACCAUCAUCCCCUACCUCCUUCUCAUCACAGACGAAACCUAUUGACACCAAAAACCCUUCUCACCAAUGGUUGCCAACCCGCCAUUCUUUCUUUUCUUCUUCUUCUUCUUCUCGGGUCUUUUACCUGCAUUCUUUACUAUUCCCAACCCGGACCCGGCGGCAAUACAGCCAUUUUUGAUAAACUCAGCUCCACCUGCAACCAUUCCUGCAUUCCCAGAACAAUCCAAUGUCGUCGGUUGUCCACUAGACCUCCCCGAGCAACUAUUCCACGGUGUAAAGUCCGCUUGCGGUGUCCCCAAAGGUGGUGACCCCACCGGCGAGCUCCACCGCAUCCGUUGCUGCCCGGUCUUAGCGGCUUGGCUUUAUUCUGCCUACUCAGCCACCGCGCUGGGUAGGACCGGCGGCAGAGUGGUUCCGGUGGUGGCGGGUCGUACGCCGUCGUAUGAUAUGCCGCUUUUGCCGGAUGAUUCGGAGACUUGCGUGGAUGAUUUGGGGAAAGCUCUGAGACAGAGAGGGAUAGAGUUGGUUAAGCCUAAUGAGACCUGUGAUGUGGUGUACUGUUAUUGUGGGAUUAGAUUGCACCCAUUGACCUGUCCUGAUGCUUUUUCAGUCAAUGAAGAUGGGAAGCUUGAAGGGGAUGAUAGUGUGAAGAGAUUAGAGAGAAAUUGUCUCAGUAGCAGCACCAAUGUGAAUGGGUUCCCUGGUCUUGGUGGGUGCUCCAAGUGCUUGAACAGUCUCUAUCUGCUUAACAAAAAGAAAGCUUCGAAUUCAAGCAAAAAAACAGAGGACAGAGCCACCAAAAUGCACAACAAAGAUUGUCAACUAAUGGGUCUCACAUGGCUCCUAGCCAAGAACAGGACUGCAUAUAUUCACACUGUUUCGUCAGUGUUACGAGCUAUUAUGAUGAGCAAGGAUGGUUCUCAUCUGCAAUCCUGUGCUCUCAGCAGCGAUGGAAUGCCACUCGCUGUUGAUUCUUCCGAAAUCUCCGAUCAAUCAUUCUCAAUCACUCUUCGUUCACCUAGUGUUUUCUUAGUUUUCUUGCUACUGCUUGUUACACAUGCAUCAUGUUUGCUUUAUCUGAACACUUUUAGCUAGAGUUCCACUGGCCUCAUAUUUAGUAGAAGAAUCUUAACCGUACCAGUGUUUGUACUCUGCCUAUGUCUUUGUAUUAUGACAUCCCAAGUGAUUUUUUUAUAUGCAUCUCCCUAAAAUUCUUACUGUCAUGUUAGGGCAAGUUAAA